CGCGUGCAGUCGUCACUGGAGCCAAUGGAUGAUGUCACAGCCCUCUCCCAUAUAAUGGCCGACUCGCCCGAGUCCGACAUUGAAGACGACCACUCCGACAUCGUCGACGAUGGCGAUAAACUUCCCCCAAACGUACCCCUCACCGCCCUCCAUAAACCCCAACCAGCACGCUCCUCCACUCAACCCCGACCCGCACUUUCCCCCUCCUCCCCGCCCGACAUGGUCUUCCUUCUCCCGGCCCCUGUAUACUUCGUUCCUGCUUCACUCCGGUCUUGCCGUCUCGACGCAUGCGCUGGCGGCGGUAGCAACCAACUACCGCCUUGAUGCCAAGGAUGUCAUUUGGCCUGGCGGGAUGCUCCUCGACGCUUGGUACCAGUCGGUUGGCGUGCCGGUCAUUUGGGGAGGUCGCAGCGUGGGCGACGUCAUUUCUGGUUUCGGUUGGCGUGAAAGCCUCAUCCUGGGCGGUAUCACUACACAUUCUCUGCGCCUGAUGUACCACCUCUGGAAACGUGCCUACAAGCGCGGACACGACGACAUUCGUUACGCGUACAAGAAGACCGAAAAGUCAAACUGGUAUCUCCGAUCCCUGGUCACCGAUUACCUCCCCGAGGCGCUGUUCCAGACAUUGAUCUGCUUGCCAUUCACCUCGCCCUUCCGGUAUGAGCCGGCCCCUGGAUACUCGGCCACUUGGAACUGGACGGACUCACUUGCGGUCUUUCUCUGGACUGCCGGGUUCGCGAUGGAGACUCUUGCAGACUACCAGCUCUCGAAGGCGAAGAAAUCCGGCAAGACGCAGGGCCACCUGAUGACGGAGGGCGUCUGGAGCAUUGUCAGGCAUCCAAACUACCUCUCCAACAUCCUGACCCACGUCGCAUACCCGCUUCUCCUAGUCUCCACGCCCCUCUCUCACCCAGCCUUGGUCCUCGGCCCUCUCGCCAAUUACGUCUUCCUCCGCUUCUUCGGCGGCGACGCGCUGACCGAGACAUACCAAGAGCAGCACUACGCGGAGGCGGCGGACUACACGAAGCUUGGGGACCUCCAGGAGUAUAGGCACACGCGCAACGCGGUGUGGCCGGGCCUGGAGGCGGUCAAGCAGGGGUGGACGUGGGCGGUCGUCGGGCUGGGCGCGGCGGGUGUGGUGUUGGAAAGGGGGCUCAGAGCGUGGGCGGCUCCUAGGGUGUUGUGAUGCUGCUAGAAUGAAGGACUGAAGUAUUGACAAUUGAUAGUAAAUGUAUUAUACUGCUGAAACUAAUAAUCAUGUACUGAUAACUUUAGUUCACGCUGACGCG